GCUGCUCUCGGUGGGGCUGUUGGCAAUCUGCAAAAAGUUCGGGCAUUUCUUCGGGUCCGUCUACGGGAUUAUGGUGUUUUAGAUUUUGAUGCGACUGAUGUGCGUAGGCAGCCUCCUGUUGACACAACUUGGCAACAGAUCUAUUUCUGCUUAAGAACUGGAUAUUAUGAUGAGGCAAGAAGUGUUGCUCAAUCAUCUCACGUUGCACAGCACUUCGCCCCUCAGCUCGCAGAGUGGAUCUCGACCGGCGGUGCCGUCUCACCAGAGAUCGCUAUUUCCGCUUCAGAAGAAUGCGAGAAAAUGUUGAGAAUGGGCGAUCGAGCAGGUCGACCUGGUUAUGACAGGAAGAGGUUACUUCUUUAUGCUAUUAUUUCUGGUUGCCGCCGUCAAAUUGAUAGAUUACUUAGAGAUGUACCGGGACUCUUUACCACCAUAGAGGAUUUCUUGUGGUUCAAAUUGUCGGCAGUGCGCGACUGCCCAGCUGAUUCCUCUUCCGUCGUUCUCAGUGAAGGCUUGGUGCCAUACACUCUAGAUGAUCUCCAAAGCUACUUAAAUAAAUAUGAACCAUCAUAUUAUACGAAAAAUGGGAAGGAUCCCCUUGUUUAUCCCUAUGUGUUACUUUUGAGCAUUCAGUUACUUCCAGCAAUUCUCUACUUGUCUAAGGAAGUUGGAGAGGAAGGAUACAACAUCGAUGCUGUACAUAUUUCUAUUGUUUUAGCUGACCAUGGGGUCCUUUUGGAAGGUUCUGGAACUGGCCAGAAGAUGGGUAUUAUGGAUGCUUGUGCAGAAGUUGCCAGCAUUAUAAGGCAGUAUGGUUCCGUUUUCUUGAGGCAUGGCAAUCUUGAACUGACAUUGGAAUAUUAUGCACAAGCAGCUGCUGCAAUGGGUGGAGGGGAGAUAUCGUGGAUUGGGCGAGGAAAUGCCGAUCAGCAAAGGCAGCGGAGUUUGAUGUUGAGACAACUGUUGACCGAGAUAUUACUAAGGGAUGGUGGUAUUCCUCUUUUGCUUGGUCCAAGAGGUACGGGAGAUGAAGGGGAACUUAGAAAGUAUAUGAUGGAUUGGAGAAGUCGUGAGCAGUUCUUACUUGAAGCUGCCCAUCAAUGCCAAGAAGCCGGUCUCUACGAAAAGUCCAUAGAGAUAUAUAAAAGAGUUGGAGCUUUCGCAACGGCCUUAGAGACGAUAAACAAGUGUCUUUCCGAUGCAAUAUGUGCCAUGUUGCGUGGUAGGUUAGAUGGUGACAGCCGUGCUGCUGCUCUAAUUUAUUCUGGCAAUGAUGUUCUGGAGACAUUCAAAUAUCCUUCCGAAGCCAGGCUUCAAGACAAGGAACUUAUUUCUGAACAGCAAACAGUAUUAAGGCAGCUCGAAGCUAUUCUAUUUGUCCAUAAGCUAGCUAGAGCAGGCCAAUAUGUGGAUGCUCUGAGGGAAAUCACAAAGCUCUCCUUCCUUCCAUUGAAUCCUCGAGCACCGGAUGUCACGGCUGAUGUCUUUAGGAACUUAUCACCUCAUGUUCAAGCAUGUGUGCCGGAUCUCCUCAAGAUUGCUCUUAGUUGCAUAGAUAAUGUUGCAGAUACUGAUGGAACUCUCCGUGCUUUGAAGUCUAAGAUUGCAAAUUUUGUAGCGAACAACAUGACAAGGAAUUGGCCACAGGAUUUGUACGAAAAGAUCGCUCGAAGCAUAUAGAGGCUUGUGCCCUCUUCCUAAACCAAUGAAAAAGCUUCAUGAUAUGGGGUGAGUGAAUAAUUUGCAUGUGUCUGGCUCCCUUUUUAAUAGAAAUGCUAAUUAUGUUUUCUCCUCAACCUUGUCUGAGCAUACUAACUGAUUUGGACCAGAUAUUUAAUAUCAGAAACUGAGCCUGAAUGAUGGUUGCUGUUGUGACCAUUACCUUCAUUCUA